GAUGAUAUGAUUCUGAUGUCGCUGGUUAUUAUAACUUAUUACUGAUUUUUACUCAUUUUGACUUUUGUAAUAUUGUUUAUACUCUUCAUUAAAAUUUAUGAAACUUUCAAGACUUUCAGAAUGUUUCUGAAUAUGUUGAUCUCACACUUUCUGAGUACCUAAUUACUGUAGUUACAUCACUCACUAAGUACUAAGUAAAGCACUAUUCUGGACCGUUCAAGAUACAUCUUCACAAUGGUGGAAGGCAAUUAUUACAGCUUUUUUUGCGGAGCCUUUGGAAUUCUUCUAUUCCUGUAUGGGUUUUUCCUUUCAAGCAGUUACACAAAUCGAGGUUCUCAACUGGACGAUGCGCGGAAUGUAUAUGAUACCGGACGUAAUGUUGAAAAAGAAAUUAAUAUGGGCAAGGCGUUGGUGGACAAAGUCGUGAUCGUUGUUAUCGAUGCAUUACGAUAUGAUUUUAUCGCUGGUGAGAAAGUCUCAAAAGAUAUGCCUUAUGUUGCCUCUUUGAUGAAUCGAAGUAAAGGAUGUUUAUUCUCAUGUAGGGUGCAUUUACCGACUGUCACUAUGCCUCGAAUCAAAACAAUGACCGUUGGAAGUGUUUCAAAUUUUGUGGAUGUAGUGCUGAAUUUAGGAAGCAGUCAAGUUCAUCAAGACAACAUAUUAUCACAAGCUGUCAAAAUGAAGAAAAACAUAGUGUUUUACGGCGACGAUACCUGGAUUAAAUUAUUUCCCAAAGUAUUCUCUAGAUAUGAAGGCACCACUUCUUUUUUUGUGUCGGAUUUUAUUGAAGUUGAUAAUAAUGUUACUCGCAACGUUUUAUUGGAAAUGAAACAAGAGGAUUGGGAUAUGAUGAUAUUGCAUUACCUAGGUUUAGAUCACAUAGGUCACUUAGAAGGCCCAUUCAGCUCAAAAAUUUCGUGGAAACUCAACGAAAUGGACAAUAUAAUCGAAAUAAUUCACCGCCAACUGAAAAUUUGGAAACGAGACCAAAAAAAAGAAUAUUUGCUGAUUAUUUGUGGGGACCAUGGCAUGAAAGACACAGGUGGUCAUGGAGGUUCAACAUUGGGAGAAAUUUUAGUGCCCUUUCUUGUUUUUGGCUCUUCUUGCAAUACGACCGCGGAAAUCUUUCAAGUUGACAUUGCAGUUACUUUAUCGACUUUGAUGGGACUUCCAAUACCAGUAGAAAGCGUUGGAAAAUUAAUUUACGGACUUAUAGAUAAUUUGCCUUUAUCCAUUCAACUGGAUGCGUAUUACAACAAUGUCAUGCAGUUAAUACAGAAUUAUCAUAGUAUAAUCGAAGACAAUUCUGAAUUAGGAGUGAAAGAAACUGAAUUAUAUUUACAAGCCACCAAAUCUCAACGAGAGAACGAUAUGAAAUAUGCCAUUCGUCUGUAUCGAGAAGUUUUAUCCCAGCUAAGUGCUAAACUUAUUGAUUCGUUGACGAGAUUUGAUACAUUAUGUUUAUACCUUGCCAUGAUUAUUCUUCUUCAGGCUUCUUAUUUACCAUGCAUUUCUGAGAGCAAAAAUGUUUCUGAUGUGAGAUACAUCAUAUUCAUCACCCUCGCACUAACCUUUGCGUUGCGACAAAUUUGUGUUUUAAAUAAUAACAACAGCGCACUGUGCAGCAACAAUCCAUUUACCGUUGUUUUUAUUGGUUUUAUAUCGUAUUUAAUAGUGUUCAAUACGAUUUUUUUAUUUGUUUCUGCGAAAGCAUUGAUGGAAUACUUGAAAACUGUAUUCAGAAUUCUAUGCUCGGAUAAAAUACUUCUAUUCGUGGUCACAUGUUCAGUAAUGCAAAUUGUAAGCACAAUUUCUACGAGCUUUAUUGAAGAAGAGCAUAUGACUUGGUAUUAUUUUUGGACUACGUGGAUGGUAGUAGCUCUGAUGAAUGCUAAAAUAAAAAAAGAUAGCAUUUCUCUAUUUGUUUCGUUGAUUAUGAGCAGAAUUAUUCGCAAAUUAAAUCAAACCGGAGACCAUUGGGCAUCGUUACCAGAUAUUAGUGAUUGGUUAAUUGAAUCACAUCACAAAAUAUACUUAUCGCUCGUUUUUGGUUUCGGUUUGGUUGCAGCAUUCUUUUGCAUGAAUCAUUUUGAUUCGAAAAAAAGACGAAAAUUGAAUCGGUUGGGGCAUUUUUUAUCCAUUCUAAAUAAAUGCUUCACCAUAUCAUGUUUGAUAUUGAUAUACGCUUAUCGUUUGGCUGUUAGAGAUGUUAUAUUUUUUAACAAGUUCUCCAACUUUUUAUCAGACAAGGGUAUCGCUGAGUUCGAAAUAUUCCUUUACGUUUUCCUAGUCACCGCUCUCGUCAAGUUUAUUUGUAUUUAUUUUAAUGGCGUUUAUUCAACGAAUGAUACUGCUCCGGUCACUAUAGAUGUUUUGAAAGCGUUCGCAGAUUUAUGGAUAUUGAUAACGUGCCUGCUACUGCGACCUACUAAUGUAAUUUUGCCAUCAUCUUUAAUUUUUAGCAGUAAUGUCGUCUGUAAAGUAUUACGAAAACAACCCAACGAAUUAACAAAAUUGAUUUUAAUUCAUCAUUGGCUUGCUCGAGUGUAUUUUUUUUACCAGGGAAAUUCCAAUAGCUUAGCGAGUAUCGAUAUAGCAAGCGGUUACAUCGGUCAAAGAGAGUACAAUUCUUGGGUUGUUGGCUCGUUGAUUAUUUGUUCUUCUUUUAGUAUGCCAAUAUUGGCAUAUUUAUUGAUGAUUCGACAUUACGUUGGGUACAUAUUUCGCCAUUUUCGACGCCAAAAUUGGAAUAUUAUUAGGUCAUCUAUACUGAUCUCAAUCAACAUAUGGUUUACUUUGGAAGCAUUUGCAAUGUUUUUCUACAUGGUGAUAAUUAUGAAUUUUAGGUAUCAUUUAUUCAUAUGGUCGGUAUUUUCGCCGAAAUUGUUAUAUUUUUCGGCAUACUAUGUUUUAUUGUAUCCAGUUUUCCUAAUUGUACAAUUGUUGUUUGACAAAUUUUCCGUUUCGACAAAACUUUAAACAUUGCAAUUUGCAACACGAAUGAAGAAAAAUCCGAACUAUGCGAGUAAUAUGGAAGAGUUAAGGUAUCUAUUAUUUCUAUAUUACACUAAACAAAUAUUUUGAGAAAAAUAUUGCUUACCAAGUGCCUAUAUGUUUAGUCUAUUGUACUCGUACGCAAUAGAUACGAUUACGAAUAGUAUUUUUAAGUUUUUUCCCCUAAAAAUUGUUUCGUAUUUAGUCGAUAAUUUACCAAAGUUUACUUGGCUGUGUUACUCAUUGGAAUAAGCGACCUAAAAUCAUUUAUUUUUUCUCAUCUUUUACAAACGAGAAAUACGGUUCAUUGAUAUCUUGAUGAACAGGAUAGUUUUGUUUUUGAUGAAUAAGAGUGAAGUCACACUUAUUCAAUACGGUAUUCAUUCAUGUUCAUGUAUUAGGCCUACCGAUAUGCUUCGAGGAAGAACUUCUUUGAUCUCAUAUUAUUCCUAAUUGUUAGUAUUUUUUUCUCUUUUUCCAGUCCAAAAGUGUGAUCUUUACGCUUGUAAUUAUUGACUACCUAUUAAAUUAUUCACUUUAUUGUAAAACAUGUAGGUCAGGUGUUAUAUAGAUAUAUGCGUAAGAAUACGAUUAGUGGUAUGAGAAUUUAGAUGAAGAAUUAUUCCCUGAAUUAGAUGUGAAGUACGGCAUCGCUUUUGUUAUUAUUUGAAACGUUCUUUUUAUAAUAAAACACUUUCGAAAAUGA